GUUGAGGCGCGUCGAACGCGUGUUGCGCUGGUAAAACACUCAGUCUCUAGUAUUCUCGGCUGCAGGUAUUAUUAUGGUGGCGAUAAGAAAUCUAAGCCAAAGCUUCUGUCGGCUGGCCAGAGGAGCAUCUUUACAGAUAAAGUUCAGCAAGAGUCGCGUUCUCAAGAUGCGCUCGAGCGAGUAUCCGACCCAGGCAGUUUCUGAUGGCGAACUAAACCUCAAGUUAUCCAGCUGUGGCAGCAGCUCCAGCCUAUCAGAGAGCUCGAGCAGGUCAGGUGGUGGUCAGGGCUCUGAUGGUCCAGCCAGUCGGGUGGUCAGCUGGGCGGUGUGUUUCGAACGGCUGCUUGAAGACCAUGUUGGUGUGCGAUACUUUACUGAGUUUCUCAAAUCAGAGGUGAGUGCCGAGAAUAUCCUGUUCUACCAAGCCUGUGAAAAGUUCAAGAAAAUCCCACCUACGAGACUGGAAGAGCUGAAGAAAGAGGCACGCUCCAUCUACGACAAUUUUCUUUCUGAAAGCUCUCUGCAUGCGGUUAAUAUUGACGAUACGGCCCAGAUGGAAGAGAGCGCCUUGAAGACGCCUACACCCGACAUGUUCAAUAAAGCACAGGCACAGAUCUUCAAACUAAUGAAAAUGGACAGCUACACGAGGUUUGUUCGCUCUCAGCUGUACCAGAACUGCAUGCUGUCUUGUGUGGAGGGUCGUCCUCUUCCCAGCAUUGGAACCCCGGAGCCCAAAAGCAAAAUGUCCAAAAAGAGUGCAACGCCACCUAGUAACAGAAAGAGCGUUGAAUUGAAAGUGCCCUCAUCAGACAGCAAGACCAACAGGAAGAAGAGGUUAGAGAAGAGAGGCUCAUGGGGAGCUGACCAGUCGUACCAGCAUGUGACGGUGUCUCGGAAAGAGUCUCAGAUCUCGGUGAAGUCUAAUAGCAGCUUGGAGUUGGUCUCUGGAUUCGGUCGAGCUGAGAAUGGACGCUGCAGUGUGAACGUCUCUGAUCCAGAGGCCUUGAGUUGUGGUUCUCCUACAGCAGAUAAGUACUGUUGCGUCUAUUUGCCGGACGGGACCGCCAGCUUGGCCCCUGCCAGACCGGGCCUGACCCUCAGAGACAUGCUCAGCAGCCUGUGUGAGAAGAGAGGCUUUCCUCUGAAAGACGUCCUCAUUUACCUGCACGGCAAAGAUAAGCCUCUUUCUCUGGAUCAGGACAGCUCUGUGUGUGGAGAUCAGCAGCUCACUUUGGAACUCAAAGUUACUUUUGCGCUGGAGGUUGUGUUUUUAGGAAGAACGGUCGGAAUCAUCGCAAAGUCGAGCAAGAAUUUGGGCGAUGCGAUUUCCACCGUCCUGCAGAAACACCAGCUGCGACCACAGGAUGUGCAGGUUACUAUGAGUGGCUCAGAUGAACCUCUAAACCUGAGCACCAAUGUGUUUCGUCUAUCGAACAAAACAAUGCGUUUGGACAAAGUUAAAGUUGGUUUGGAGACUCAAGCCUCUUCACCAACACCCAAAGCAAAUCCCAGACCCAGAAAACACCAGGAGAUGGACGUUCUCGUCGAGCUGCUGACCCGCGCCCAGUGCAGCCGAGUGGAUGACCAGCGCGGUUUACUCACCAAAGAGCACCUGGAGUUGCCGCAGUUCCUGCAGCUGCCAGCAGGGAACGGAGAGCAGAAUUCCUGCAACCACACACAGGAAGAAGACUGUGCCCUUUGACCUGAGAACCCGUCCAGUGACCUGAGACCUCGAGCACUAUUCAAGCAGCUUAAAAGACUCAAAGCAGUUAGUUGUGUGGAGAAGUGAAACUCUCCUGUGUGUGUGAGCGAGUUGAGUUUUCUUAACCUGUGAGUGAAUGAUUUGUGUAUAUUUUGUAUAUUACAGACACUGCCAUAUAUAGAGCUCUUAGAAACGCCGCCCAUCAAAUAAUGCAGAAUUAUGGGGAGUUGUAAAAAAAGAUCAUACUACAUUUGCCUAAAAAAUGUAUAUUUAUUUUCAUAUCAGAUUGUAUUGUGUGCACCAUUAAAUGUGCUCUUUUUAUAUUUAUUAGAACGUAUUUGGUAUGGGAGCACAUUAGCGUGACUUUACAUUCAGUGUUGUGUUCACAAUGAGUUUGUCUGAUUAAAACGGUUUUGUGUGAGCUGGUGUGGGGGAAGUUGCACUGUUUGACAUGAGAACUUUUUGCACAAUUUUUUUUUUUUUUUUUGGUUUGUGUGGUGAGGCAAUCUGAUAUGUAAUGAGGCUAGCAAAGUCAUAUUCAGAAUAGUUUAAAAAUAUAAAAUUUACUGUCUUUUGCGCUUCGUGUAAUGUCAUACCAAAACUGUGACACUUUUUUUUCAUGUAGUUUAUUUAAAUUCUGUUAGUGUAUUAUUUGGUUAGUGCUGCUCUCUUCUGUAAAAUGAAAGCAGAUGUUGGACAAAAAGCUAUAAAAUUAGUCCGUACAACGUAUAUUCAAGGUCGUCUAAAGUCAUAUGAAUGUAUUUGUGGUAUGAGAAAAUGGCAGAUAAAACGUCUCCUUUCAUCCUCCUCCAGAAGUUAUACAGGUUUAGAUCAGCGUGAGGGUGAGUAAAUGAUCAUUACGUUUCUUUAAAUGCAUCUCUGCUGUGGUUUUUAAGUCAUGUACAGUCAGUUGAACUAUAGUAAUGAAGGUUUUUGUCUUUUGCCA